AUGUCUCCUGACGUUGGGGAGAGCGGGAAUCCCUUCAGGCCGUCCAAGGACUUGCAGGUGGAAGACCAAGGAACGAAACCAGGCUCGGAGAAUGGCGAUGCUCAAAAGAUGCCUCCACCUGCCCAGCCUAAUACGACGUCGACUCCGGCGAAAGAGGGCGGCAAAUUUAGUUUCGCCUUUAAAACCAAGACUACCCCUGCCCCGAUACCGAAACCUGUCCCAGAUCUUGCACAGAGAAUGCAGGCCCGAGAACCGCCCCCUCGACAGCCUGAGCCGCCACCUCGUAGUAGGCUCUCCAGCGGACCUCCCCCUAAAUUCUUGCAUGACUUCCGUUCAGACCGAAGGGACCGAGAUCGAGACCGAGAACGAGACCGGGAUCGGGAUCGGGAUCGAGAUUGGGAUCGGGAUCGGGACCGGGACCGGGACAGGGAUAGAGACAUCCGUCGCCCUCGGAAUAGGGAUGACCGUCGAGACUUCAGAGAUAGACCAGACCCGCGGGAUUCUCGGAAAGACGAUCGUCGCUUUGAUCACCGCGAGGAUAGACGACGGGAUGACCGCAGGCCGGAGUUUAGGCCUGAGCGGCGUCGUGAGCGGUCUCCUGAAGUCAAGAAACCAAAGAAGGUCGUGAAACGUUUGAAACCACGCCCAACAUUGGCCGAAGAGUUCAAAGAAUCCGACUCGGUCUAUUAUCGGAAACCGGGGAACGAAUCGGUCAUUGGUGCGGGUACUUAUGGCAAGGUGUUCAAAGCCAUCCACAUCUAUACCAAAGAAAAGGUCGCUUUGAAGAGAAUCCGCAUGGAGGGUGAAAAAGACGGGUUUCCCGUCACGGCUGUCCGCGAGAUCAAGUUGCUCCAACACCUUCGCAGCCACAACGUCGUGAGUCUGCUCGAAGUGAUGGUCGAAAAGAACGAAUGCUUCAUGGUUUUCGAAUACCUCUCACAUGAUCUGACGGGGCUCAUCAACCACCCGACGUUCACGUUGACGGCAGCACACAAAAAGGAUCUUGCGAAGCAGAUGUUCGAAGGUCUUAGCUAUCUCCAUCAUCGCGGCGUCCUCCAUCGGGACAUCAAAGCGGCCAAUAUCUUGAUCAGCAAUCGGGGACAGCUGAAGUUUGCUGACUUUGGUCUUGCUCGCUUCUUCUCCAAGAGCCGUCAACUCGAUUAUACGAAUCGAGUCAUUACUAUCUGGUACCGCCCUCCGGAGCUUCUCCUGGGCGAAACCAGAUAUGGUCCUGCUGUUGACGUCUGGAGUGCUGCCUGCGUGUUUAUCGAAAUGUUCAGCAAGAAGGCCGUGUUCCCCGGGGACGGCGGGGAGAUCAGUCAACUGGAUAAGCUCUACAACAUUCUGGGGACGCCCACGUCGGCGGAUUGGCCCGGCAUUAUUGACAUGCCGUGGUUCGAACUGAUGCGGCCGACGGAGAGGAAGAAGAGGGUAUUCGAGGAUAUUUAUCGUGACAUCCUGUCCCCAGCCGCCUUGGACCUCGUUGCCCAGAUGUUCCGUUACGAUCCUGCCAAGCGACCCACUGCGGAGGAGGUGCUUUCACAUCCUUACUUUGUGACGGAGGAACCGGGUCCCCAGCAGGCUACUGAACUGGAGAACAUUGAAGGAGACUGGCACGAGUUCGAGUCCAAAGCGCUCCGCAAGGAGAAGGAUCGAGAAGCUCGACGGGAAAGGGAAAAGGAGAAGCGCAAGGCCAGCGCAUCCAUUCCUCAGGGCAACGAACGGGAAGCAAAACGGGUCCGACAGGAAGGCGGUGGUGACAGCAUGCGUUCUCAAUGA